UUUGACUAUAAAUAUUCCUUCUCAUUCCUUGUGACCCUGUUAACAGCUCCGCUGGCAAACCCCGAUUCUCUGGCAAUAUUUAAGCUGCCUGUCAGUUGGCAGAGCCUUGGUGGUGCCCGGCGCGGGGAGCAGAAUAAGACCCAGCUGAGCACAAUUGACGCACCAGGACCAGGAGAGCUCAGCCUGCCCAGGAAGCCAUGGAGCCCACGAGCGUCCCCCCGGCCUCUGUGACCCCCUCGUGGGACGCGUUUCCCCAGCAGACGCUGGAGCCCAUCGACAUCGCUGUCCUCGUGCUGUACUUCCUCUUCGUCCUCGCCGUCGGGCUGUGGUCCAUGUGGAAGACGCAGCGCAGCACCGUCAAGGGCUAUUUCCUGGCCGGAGGACAGAUGGUCUGGUGGCCUGUGGGUGCAUCCCUGUUUGCCAGCAAUGUUGGAAGUGGCCACUUCAUCGGCCUGGCUGGGUCGGGAGCUGCCUCAGGAAUCGCUGCAACAGCCUACGAGUGGAAUGGAAUGUUCUGUGUCCUGGUGCUUGCCUGGCUCUUCCUGCCCAUCUACAUCGCAUCGGGGGUCACCACCAUGCCCGAGUACUUGCGGAAACGUUUCGGAGGCAAAAGGAUUCAGGUGUUCCUGGCCAUUCUCUACUUGUUCAUCUACAUCUUCACCAAAAUAUCGGUGGACAUGUACGCCGGGGCCCUGUUCAUCCAGCAGGCCCUGCACUGGGACCUGUACAUCGCCGUGGCGGGGCUGCUCGCCAUCACCGCCGUCUACACCGUGUCGGGUGGCCUGGCAGCCGUGAUCUACACCGAUGCUCUGCAGACCCUCAUCAUGCUCAUCGGGGCCUUGACUCUCAUGGUCUUCAGCUUUAUUGAAGUUGGUGGCCUGGAAGGUUUGCAGACAAAAUACUUCAACGCCAUUCCCAGCAUCCGCAAGGAGAACAGCAGUUGUGGCUUGCCCAGAGAAGAUGCUUUUCACAUCUUCAGAGACCCUGUUAACUCUGACCUUCCCUGGCCAGGAGUUUUGGUGGGAAUGACCAUCCCGUCCCUGUGGUACUGGUGCACAGACCAGGUCAUUGUUCAGAGGUCCCUUGCUGCCAAAAACCUCUCCCACGCCAAAGGAGGCUCCUUGAUGACCUCCUACUUGAAGAUUUUGCCCCUCUUUAUGAUGGUAAUGCCAGGCAUGAUCAGCAGGGUUCUCUUCCCAGAUCUGGUGGCUUGUGCAGAUCCGGAAAAUUGCCAAAAAAUCUGUGGCAACCCGUCUGGCUGUUCCGAUAUCGCUUAUCCCAAGCUGGUGUUAGAGCUUCUGCCUGUGGGACUCAGGGGCCUGAUGAUGUCAGUGAUGAUAGCAGCCCUCAUGUCCUCCCUGACUUCCAUCUUUAAUAGUGCCAGCACCAUUUUCACCAUGGACCUCUGGAAACACUUCCGUCCGCGUUGCUCCGAGUGGGAGCUCAUGAUCGUCGGCAGGGUCUUUGUGCUGCUGCUCACUGUGAUCUCCAUCCUGUGGAUCCCCUUGGUGCAGGCUGGCCAGGGCGGGCAGCUCUUCAUUUACAUCCAGUCCAUCAGCUCCUACCUGCAGCCGCCCGUGGCCAUGGUGUUCAUCCUGGGCUGCUUCUGGAAGAGAGCCAACGAGAAGGGCGCGUUCUGGGGGCUGGUGGUGGGGCUGCUGCUGGGCGUCGUUCGGCUGGUGCUGGACUUCGUGUACCCCGAGCCCCAGUGCGGCGAGGCCGACGCCCGGCCCGGCGUGGUGAAGUACAUGCACUACCUGUACUUCUCCAUGGUGCUGGCAGCCGUCUCCACGCUCACCGUGCUGCUCGUCAGCGUGGCCACCGAGCCCCCCGGCCCCGAAAUGAUAAGUCGGCUCACCUGGUUCACGCGAGGGGACCCUCCGCUCAAGCAAGACCUGGCAGUCAGCCCCGGCCCCGCCGCUGCCAGAGGAGCGAGCGACGCCGAGCGCCCCGCUCUCCAGCUUGAGCUAAACAUUGCCUCUGACAGUAGUGCAGAGGAGAAGAAAUGUUCAGGGCGUGCUGAAGGAAUCAUAGAAUUAGAAAUGACAGAAUAUCCUGAGUUGGAAGGGACCCAUCAGCAUCAUCCAGUCCAACUCCUGGCCCUGCCCAGGACACCCCAACACUCCCCCCUGUCCCUCAGAGCGUUGCCCAAACCCUCCUGGAGCUCUGGCAGCCUUGGGGCUGUGCCCACUGCCCUGGGGAGCCUGUUCAGUGCCAACCACCCUCUGGGGAGGAAUCUUCUCCUAAGAUCCAACCUAAGCCUGCCCUGACACAGCUCCAGCUGUUCCCUGGGUGCUGUCACUGCUCACAGGGAGCAGAGAUCGGAGCUGCCCCUUGGGAGGAAGCUGCAGACCCUGGUGAGGUCUGACCUCAGUCUCCUCCAGGUGGAGAAAGGCUUUACCUGACGUUUUACCUAAGCAGGAGUUUAGUUUCUUUUCCAUCUUUUGAUGGCAUUACUUAAGCUGGAAGCCAAGGAGCUGGAUGGGAUACAGAGCCAUGCCUGUUAUCCCACCUCAGUGACUGGUGCCGUGGCACCUGCUGCCAGGAGAACUGGUUGGAACAGGGGAGGGUGGAACAACACCACAGUUAUGUUGAUGAAAUUCCAUUUCUGUUUUUCAGCGGUGUUUUCUGAUCGGCUCUAGCAGCAGGGAGAACCCAGAGCCCUGGGCCGAGCUCUUGACAGAUCAGUGAAGGAGGAUUUGCAUUUUUUAAAACUUGUACUUGUCGGUAUUAGGUACAACCUUGUGCAGCCACUCACUGCAUUCUCCAGUGAUGAUCUGCAUAUCCUGUUUUUGCCAGGCUUGGGCCCUGUUUAUGUAACAUUGCAGCUUUUGCAGAGUGUUCCUUUGAUCCAUAAAAAGUUAUUGUCAGUUAAUGAGUUAGGGCACAGCUCUCCCACUGAUGGGAAGUCUUGAGUUUGCUGUGCACGAGCAUUGCCUUUCCAGCACUUAGUCCUGCGUCCCAACCCACACCAGAGGUGGCAAAAAUUCAGUUUACAUGUGUGUGGCACGGAGAGCCCUCCCUGCACUAGAGCAGGGCCUUGCCUGGGGGGCUGCAGGGCACCGAGCAGCCAGAGCUCAGUUUUUAGGGUUGGUUUAAACCGUUGGGAACAGCAGAACCUGAGCUCAGAGCUCCAGGGAGGAUGGAACAGGUACCACAGCCCCAAGAGACGAUGCCUGAAGGACUCCCUACAGCUCAACGUAGCGAGAGUGUUCACUUGGACACUGCUGGUGCAUUUCUGCAUCAACACCCUUUGAACAGGAGCACACGGGACAGUCCUGGGGUUUGCUCUGUUGAUGAGAUUCAUCCCUCACUCCUGACUCUCUUUUAGGUGCGACUGAGGCCAAAGGCAGCUCGAAGCUGAUGAGCACCUUCCUGUGGCUCUGUGGGAUGGAGCGCAGGCAGGAGAGCACUGAGAGCACAGCACCACCCAAACCUGAGCCCCUGCC